AUGCCCAAGGUCACGGUGACAUCCGGACUGGUGUCGUCGGUUGUGCGCACCGCAGCGAUCCUGAUUGGCGUCGCCGUCCUGCUCUCUCUAUUCCUGAUUCCGACGUCAAACCACUCGCCCGCCAACCCAUCGCAUCUGCUCUUCCACUCCCACCGGCUCUUCGAGAACCCGGGCCGUGCCGCCUGCGGGGAGGCUCUCGUCCGAAAUCCUAUCAUUCCCAAUGACCGAGGCAGCAACGACUUUGAGAAGAUGUGGUUUGUCCGAAACAUGACGAAGCAUGCCUGGGCCGGGUACCACCGCCUUGCAUCUGGGUCCGACGAGCUCAAGCCGCUCUCGGGCAAGGCCUAUAACUGGUACGACCAGCACUCGCUGUUGUCGACGGCCAUUGACUCUCUCGACACGCUCUUGAUCAUGGGCCUCACGGAGGAGUACGCCCAAGCCAAAUCCGAGGUGCUGUCCAAGUUCAACCCGACCUUCAAUGACGAGGUCAGCGUCUUUGAGUCGACGAUCCGCGUUGUCGCCGGCCUCCUGAGCGCCUACGAGCUUGACGGGGAUGUCAAGCUGCUGAAUGCAGCCAAGUGGAUGGCCGACCGUCUGCUGCCGGCCUUUGAGACCCCCACAGGCAUACCCCUGAACCGAUUCUUUGACCGAUCCGCUGGACUCGCUGAGGCCGGAACCCUCAGCCUGGAGCUGCAGUAUCUCUCGGACGCGCUCUUUGCCAUGGAACAGAUAUUCGCUGCCAAGCGAAGGUUGCCGCACCUUUAUCCCAGCGUUGUCAGCGCAAAGUUCCUGAGUUUCGAGAACGAGAACUACGGGAUCGGUGCCGGCCUGGAUUCGUUUUAUGAGUAUCUUCUCAAGAUGUGGAUUGCCACGGGCGACCCAGGAUACUGGGCGCGAUACGAAGGCGCCAUCACGACGAUCAAGAAGAUGAUUGUUGCCGUCUCGGACGAUGGCCAGAAUGUCUAUAUUCCAGAUUUUUUCCGCAAUAUCGACUCGUUGGGAUUCCACCAUCUGACAUGCUUCUCUGGCGGCAUGCUUGGUUUGGGCUCGAUCCUCAACCGUCGCGGUCGAUGGCCCGAGAAUCUGAACAUGGGCAAGCGUAUCACAGAGACUUGCUAUCGCUCGUAUCAAAAGGCGUCGUCGGGCCUCGGUCCCGAGGUUGUCGACGGCAACGAUCUGAGUGCUGUCUCACCAUCGUACCUCCAGAGACCCGAGACAGUCGAAUCCAUCUUCUACAUGUGGAGACUGACGCAUGAUCCCGUAUAUCGCGAGUGGGGCUGGGAUAUUGCGCAGAACGGAUACGCAUCUCUGGGCAACGUCAACAGCGUCGUCAUCGGCAGCAACGGCAUCGUCCACCCACCCACCCUUAUCGACCGCCAAGAGUCGUUCCUGAUAGCCGAGACGCUCAAGUAUCUCUAUCUUCUCUUCACCGACGACGACGUCGUACCUCUCGAAAAGUAUGUCUUCAAUACCGAGGGCCAUCCGCUCUCCAUCCGUGGACAUGGAAAGCGCAAGGACCCUACUCUCUUUGUGCCGCUGCACGGACAUGCCCUGUUUCCG